UGACUGAACUGAAGCAGCCCUGGAGCGCACAGUCUGAGGAUAAUCGCAGGUGCUGAGGGUUACAAUCUGCCGACAAGAGGCGACAGAGCAAGUGUUGAUUUGUGAUUUGUAUUUGAGCAUCCUGUAAUCUGGCUCAGAUUUAUGAUACAUUUCUCUCUGUUGGAUCGAGGUUGUUGUUGGUGUUGUGCUCUUUUUUUUUUUUUUUUUACCCCUCGAUGAUCUACAAUGCGGUCCUCGGCUUGGUUCGUCGCCAGUUGCGCUCUCAUCCUCUGCACGCUCCGGCUGAUUGACGGGGCCAAAGGACAGCAGCAGUGUAGUGAGACGGACUACUACUAUGAGUACACAGAGUGUGACAGUACAGGAUCCCGUUGGAGAGUGGCCAUCCCACAGAGCCCUGGAUCCUGCAUUGGGCUGCCAGCGCCAGUACGUGGCACAGAGUGCACCUUUUCAUGUGAGGCCGGGGAAUUCCUGGAGAUGUCGGCUCAGGAGUGUACUCGGUGUGCAGCGGGGAGCUACUCACUUGGCAGUGGUAUCCGCUUUGACCAAUGGGAUUCCAUGCCUGCUGGAUUCAGUAGCCUGGCAACCGCCCUGGAGAACAGUCCAAACGGAGAUGACAGCCUCACCUGCAACAGCUCGUCCUGGGUGCCUCAGGGAAACUAUCUGGAGUCCAACAGGGAUGAAUGCACGGUCUCUCUCAUCUAUGCUGUCCACCUUAAGAAGCAGGGAUCUGUCAGCUUUGAGUACCAGUAUCCAGACAACAACCUGCUGUUUGAGUUCUUUAUCCAGAAUGACCAAUGUCAGGAGAUGGAUCAGACUGCUGAUACAAAGUGGCUCAAACUCACCAAUCAUGGUGAAUGGGCUACCCAUACGGUGAACCUGAAAUCUGGCACCAACAUCCUAUACUGGAGGACUGGUGGUGUUCUGAUGGGGACCAAAGUGGUCAAGCCUGUUUUGCUGAAAAAUGUCCAAAUAGAAGGAGUUGCCUAUACGUCAGAGUGUUUUCCAUGUAAGCCGGGAACAUUCAGCCGAGUCCCAGGCUCGUCCACGUGUGAACCCUGUCCUCGGGACACCUUCUCUGGCCACGGUGCCAGCUCCUGCACUCCCUGUAACACCACCACUCACUACGCAGCUGAGGGAUCAGCUGUGUGUAAGAGCAGACCUCCGUGUUCCAAGAAGGACUAUUUCCAGAUCCACACAGCAUGUGAUCAUGAGGGCAAGACCCAGGUCAUAUAUAAGUGGAUUGAGCCUAAGAUCUGUCUUGAGGGUGUGACUGGAGCGGAGAUGUUGCCUCCAAGUGGAGAACGAGAGCCAUGUCCCCCUUGUAACCCCGGUUUCUAUAACAAUGACACAGCCACCUGCUCACCCUGUCCACCUGGGACUUAUUCAGAUGGGAUGAAACCAUGUAAGCCAUGUCCAGCAGGCACUGAGCCCACAUUGGGUUAUGAAUAUAAAUGGUGGAAUGUUCUUCCUGCAAACAUGAAGACCUCCUGUUUCAAUGUGGGCAACUCAAAAUGUGACAGUAUGAAUGGCUGGGAGGCGGCUGGUGAUCAUAUCCAAAGUGGAGCGGGAAGUUCGGAUAAUGAUUACCUCAUCCUCAACAUUCAUGUUCCUGGCUUCAAGCUCCCUACGUCAAUGUCAAGCCACUCUGGGGCAGAGUUUGGUCGCAUUACAUUCGAAUUUGAAACUUUGUGCACAGCGGACUGUGAGCUCUACUUUAUGAUGGAUGUAAACAGGAAGAGUACAACAGUGGUGGAGUCAUGGGAGAGAACCAAAACAAGACAGUCCUACACACAUGUCAUGACAAAGAAUGCCUCCGUUUCCUACACAUGGGCUUUCCAGAGGACUAACCAACCUUCAGAUGUGCGUCGGUAUGUCAAUGACGUGGCGCGCAUCUACUCCAUCUCAGUGAGUAACGCUGUAGAUGGAGUGUCCUCUGAGUGCCGCGCUUGUGCCCUGAGCGCCCAACCAUCCAGCUCUACAUGUGUGCCGUGUCCACCUGGACAUUACAUAGACUCACGCACCAGCCAGUGUACAGAGUGUCCACAUAACACGCACCUCAUCUCUCACGCCACACCGGGUCCAGAUGCUUGCAGACCCUGUGGACCAGCCAGCAAAAGCGACAAGGACCACAGUUUAUGUUACAGCGACUGUCACUUCACCCACACAGAUGGCAAUGUCACUCUGACUUAUGACUUCAGCCUCCUUGGAUCUGUAGGGUUGCUGAUGAACGGUCCAAGCUUCACCUCCAAAGGAACCAAGUACUUCCACCAGUUCAAUAUCAGCCUGUGUGGAGGACAGGGUCAGUUGGCGGUAUGCACAGACAAUGUAACAGACCUAUCCAACACCGACUCCCAGAGAGAGAAAGGCGAAGGAGCCAGUGCUGUCAAGACCUUCAUCUGUCAGUCAACAAUAAUCCCAGCUAGUGGACGAGGCUUCCAUACAGCACUCUCCUCGCAGUCCAUUAACCUGGCUGACACAUUUCUUGGAGCAACAGUUGAAAAUACACUUGAUGGAAUAAGAGCAAGACCAGAACUGUACCCCCAGACCUCCAAGAAAGUCCCUGAUGUCAACUUCUACUACCGGUCAUUGGAGGCGACCUCGUCUUGUGAGUCAGGUCGAAGUGCAGUGGUGACACUUCGCUGUAACCCAGAGAAGAGCACUAAAGGGGAGCUCUCAGUGCCCAGUCAGUGCCCUGCAGGAACAUGCGACGGCUGCACCUUUCAUUUCUUAUGGGAGAGCUCAGGGGCCUGUCCUACAUGCACAGAGAGGGACUACCAUUGGAUAGAGGGAGCGUGCAAGGGAGGACACCAGGACCUGCUGUAUGUGUGGACUGAACCGAAGCUGUGUAUGGGAGGUGUGACCUUGCCUGAAAAGAAAACGUUGCCAUGCGAGGGUAUGGAGUUCUGGGUACAGCUCGGUGCGGGGCUGGGAGCUUUCACUGCAGUGCUGCUCGUCUCCCUCACCUGCUACUUUUGGAAGAAGAACAAACGGUUGGAAUACAAGUACUCCCGGUUGGUGAUGUCUGCCAACAAGGAGUGUGAGAUGCCAGGAGCUGACAGCUGUGCUGUAAUGGAGGGAGAGAAUGAGGGAGACAUGGAGGAUGAAGUUGUGUACACGAAACCUUCUCUACUUGGCAAACUCAAAGCCAUAGCAUCCAAGGGAAAUGGAGAGAACUAUGAAAACAUGCAGCUAAACUCAUCCCAUUCGAAAGCACUGGUAUGGAGCUAGAACAAUGGUGAAGUGAGUGGGAGUGAGGGGAGAGACCAGACCCUCGAGAAACUUUCCACUGAAGACCCCUUUAACCAGUCACCCCCUUUAUGAGCUUUGGUACCAGGAAUACCAACUGUGUGUACAUACACAGAUAUACACACACAUCAUGCACCUAUAGAACCAGGUUCAGAGAAGUCACAAUAACAUGGUGGCCUUAAAGCUUGGUACGACAGAGCCGUCCACCUGGAAGCAUAGUACUGUGAAGCAGGUGUGUGUGUGAUAGACACUUCCUGGUAGUAGUCUGAUUCAAACUGAUGUCAGAAAGGCCGUUAGAAGAGCUCAGGGCAAGACAAGGACCUAUUUAAGAUGUUUUGUUUGUAUUUAUUUCAGUCUGUGAGUUUUGAUGGUGUAAUUUGCCAUCAGGAUUACAACGGUGAGGGUGUGUCCAUCUCCCAUAGACGUUUACACUGACUGGUAUAUUCUGACCAUAUGAAGCCUAUAUUUUCUCAUCUGUUUGUUCUUUUGCUUUGUUGAAAUUCAUGUAAUAAGGAGAAGUUUUCGGCUUACUGAUUGAAAAUUAAGAUGUCAUAUUAUGCGGAUGAGGUUGUGGUGUUGACUUUCCAUGUAUGUCAAAUAAAUUAUGAUGUAUUUAUGUAA